AUGGCAAAGUACACAAAAACAGCAAUUCUAUCCGUCUAUGACAAGACAGGUCUACUUGAUUUAGCCAGAGGUCUAAUCGAAAAGGAUGUUCGAAUCCUUGCUUCCGGUGGAACUGCUCGUAUGAUUCGUGAUGCUGGUUUUCCAAUCGAAGACGUUUCUGCCAUCACACACGCCCCAGAAAUGUUGGGAGGUAGAGUGAAAACUUUGCAUCCAGCGGUUCAUGGUGGUAUUCUUGCUAGAGACAUUGAUAGUGAUGAAAAGGAUUUGAAGGAACAGCACAUUGAAAAAGUGGAUUUCGUCGUUUGUAACUUAUACCCAUUCAAAGAAACUGUAGCCAAAGUGGGCGUAACUAUCCCAGAAGCUGUCGAAGAAAUUGACAUUGGCGGUGUUACUCUAUUGAGAGCUGCUGCUAAAAACCACACUAGAGUCACUAUUUUGUCUGAUCCAAAGGAUUAUUCAGAAUUUUUGAGCGAACUAUCUGGUAAUGGUGAAAUUUCUCAAGAUCUGAGAAACAGGUUGGCAUUGAAAGCUUUCGAACACACAGCUGAUUAUGAUGCCGCGAUUUCUGAUUUCUUCAGAAAGCAAUAUUCUGAAGGUCAAGCUCAAAUCACAUUACGUUAUGGUGCUAACCCACACCAAAAACCGGCUCAAGCUUACGUCAGUGAACAAGACAGUCUACCUUUUAAGGUACUAUGUGGUUCACCAGGUUACAUUAAUUUGUUGGAUGCCCUGAAUUCCUGGCCAUUAGUGAAGGAAUUAUCCGCCUCAUUAAAUUUGCCAGCUGCAGCUUCUUUCAAACACGUUUCACCAGCUGGUGCUGCAGUGGGUAUUCCAUUGUCUGAUGUUGAAAAGCAAGUUUAUUUCGUGUCUGAUAUUGAAAACUUAUCUCCAUUGGCAUGUGCCUAUGCUAGAGCCCGUGGUGCUGAUAGAAUGUCAUCUUUCGGUGACUGGAUCGCUCUUUCUAAUAUAGUUGAUGUUCCAACUGCUAAGAUUAUCUCAAGAGAAGUUUCUGAUGGUGUUAUUGCCCCAGGCUACGAGCCUGAGGCAUUGGCCAUCUUAUCCAAGAAGAAGGGAGGUAAGUACUGCAUCUUACAGAUUGAUCCAAACUAUGUUCCAGACGCUGUCGAAAGAAGACAAGUAUACGGAGUAACUUUAGAGCAAAAGAGGAAUGAUGCAAUAAUCAAUCAAUCAACCUUCAAAGAAAUUGUUUCCCAAAAUAAAAAUCUAACUGAACAAGCCAUAAUUGACCUAACGGUUGCUACUAUUGCUAUCAAAUAUACCCAAUCUAACUCUGUGUGUUACGCAAGAAAUGGUAUGGUUGUCGGGUUGGGUGCUGGUCAACAAUCUAGAAUCCAUUGUACAAGAUUGGCUGGUGAAAAGGCUGAUAAUUGGUGGUUCAGACAACAUCCUAGAGUCUUGGAAAUCAAAUGGGCUAAGGGCGUUAAAAGACCAGAAAAAUCCAAUGCUAUCGAUUUGUUCGUAACUGGUCAAAUCCCAACCGAAGAACCAGAAUUAUCUGAGUACCAAUCCAAGUUUGAGGACAUUCCAAAGCCAUUUACUCCAGAAGAAAGAAAAGAAUGGUUGGGUAAACUAACCAAUGUUUCGUUAUCAUCAGAUGCUUUUUUCCCAUUCCCAGACAAUGUUUACAGAGCCGUCAAAUCUGGUGUCAAGUAUAUUGCUGCUCCUUCUGGUUCUGUCAUGGACAAAGUUGUCUUUUCAGCUGCGGAUUCAUUCGAUCUCGUCUAUGUUGAAAAUCCAAUCCGUUUGUUCCACCAUUAG